CCCGUGGUCAGGGUGCUCCUCAACCUUGUGGGAGCGGCAGCUCCAUUUGCACGGGGGCUUUGAGGGUGGAGGGGGAAAGAGACGUCACCCCCGGGGUCUCGGGGGGGCUACGGCGGGUGCCACCAUGUCCUUUGGCCAGCUGAAGUUCAAGGAGCUGGGUGAGGAGGAGCCCACCUGGGAGGAGGAGAGCCUGGCCAGCGUCAAGGCUCUGACGGCCAAGCUGAAGCUGCAGACACGGAGACCUUCCUACCUGGAGUGGGAAGCCCGGGUGCGGGGGCAGCCCUGGUGCAGCCGAACCCCCGGGGGGGCACAGGGGGCAGAGCAGGGUCCUGGGCACCCCGAGGACAAGUGGGAUGGUGGUAUCUGCGGCUUUGCCACCAUGGAGGCGGCUCUGGAGUGGCUCAGGACGGAGCUGCGGGAGAUGCAGGCUGUGGACCAGCGCCUGGCACAGCAGCUGAUGUGCCUGCGGGCGCAGCUGCACCGGCUGAAGGUGGAGCAGGCUUGUCACCAGCACAAGGAGAUGCUGGACGACGCUACCUUCGGCCUCGAGGGAUGUGAGGAAGACUCCGACCUGCUCUGCAACAUCCCGCCCAAGGCUGCCUUCCUGCUCUCCACCCCGCUCAAACACAUCGGCGUCACCCGCAUGAAUAUCAAUUCCCGACGGUUUUCCCUCUGCUGAGCGAGGUGGGACCUCUCAGCUCCAAGCCUGGUUGGGACCAUGGAUCCUUCCUGAAGUUCCUCUGGGACUGCUGAGCUGCUGCUGGGGCUGAGCUCCCUCAGAACGGGUGGUGCUGAGCCGUGGUCCAAGGCCGUGCCACAGUGCCAUGGGAAAUGCCACUGUCCCCACGGGGCACAGGUUGUUUUGGGGCACCCAGUGCCCUGUCCCUAAGGAUGGCAGGGUCAACCACAGUGGCAGAUGUGUGGGGCUGCCCUUUGAUGUGGAAUAAACGGAGGUGAA